AUGGCACCAACACUUUCGAGUACCUCCACGGAGACAAUCACGAACAACGUUCCAGAGUAUAAGAUUCUUGAUAAGAGUUCUUUCAGAAAACCAAAAAAUGUGUACACGGGUCCAUCUCCGUAUGCCGAAACUUAUACCGAGGGCCCUUCUUAUCAACCAGCAAAGUCAUAUCUAAAACCUUCGGGGAUUCUUGACAAGUAUGAACAUUUUGAAGUCACACCUCAGAUUGGAAGGGAGUUCCCGGAUGCUAGCUUGAAGGACAUCCUUAACGACGAAGAAAAACUUAAGGAACUCGCCAUCAUUGUUUCUCGUCGUGGUGUUGUUUUCUUUAGAAACCAAGACCUCACAACAGAAGAACAAAAAAUACUUGCUGAUAAACUUGGAAAGUUAACAGGAAAACCAAAAACUUCAGGUCUUCAUAUCCAUCCAACGGCACCAGCUGGAGGUUUCCUUAAAAAUGAUAACUCUGGGGAGACAGAUCCAGAGGUUUCUAUAAUUUCAUCUAAACUAGGAAAGGAGCUUUAUCUUAAAGAAAGAUACUUGUCCAGUAAAAGAGGAGGAGAGGGAUGGCAUAGCGAUAUUACUUUUGAGCCAGUUCCCUCAGACUACGCAAUUCUUAAGAUUGUCGAACCUACUCCAAGUGGAGGAGAUACUCUUUGGGCAAGCGGGUAUGCACUUUAUGAGAAAUUAUCACCUUCCUUUAGAGGCUAUCUUGAAACUUUAACAGGAGUCUAUGCCCAACCUGGAUUCAAGAGAGCAGCGGAAGGAAAGUUUGAAAUCUAUUCGGAUCGUAGAGGUGCACCUGAGAACAUCGGAGAUGAUUUAACAGCUGUACAUCCAAUCGUUAGGACAAAUCCCGUUACUGGUUGGAAGUCGAUUUUCAGUAUCGGCCAUCAUUUCACGUCCUUUGAAGGAUUAACACCUUACGAGAGUGAUAUCAUCAAAAGGCAUUUAAAUGAACUUCUUUAUGGAAGCAAUGAUAUUCAAGUUCGAUUCAAAUGGGGAAAGAAUGACGUUGCUAUUUGGGAUAAUAGAUCUGUUUACCAUACAGCGACUAAUGAUUACUUCAAGAGUGAUUUUGAACGUACGGGUGUCAGAACAGUUGGUAUAGGAGAGCGUCCCUAUUUAGACAAAAACAGCAAGAGCCGCGAAGAAGACCUUGAGGAAUCGGGACUCUCUGUUUAA